AGCCCGAUGCGGGGCUCGAACUCACGGACUGUGAGAUCAUGACCUGAGCUGAAGUCGGACGCUUAACUGACUGAGCCACCCAGGCGCCCCUAAACGAACAUUUUAAAAAAAUGUUUUUUAAUUUAUUUUGAAAGAGAAUGGGGGAGGGACAGACAGAAUCCCAAGCAGGCUCUGUAUAGAGCCCAACAGGAGGCAUGAUCUCACAAAUCGUGACAUCAUGACCUGAGCUGAAAUUAAGAGUCACGUGCUUAACCAACUGAGCCACCCAGGCUCCCCUAAAAUCCAAAUACUUUGUGAACUGCAUUUCUCUGAUCCACUCCGACUAGAAGGAGGAAAUAAGUUAAAUCUAGUAUGAUUAGCCCUUAUGAACUCAUGAGCCCUGAGUGUUCGUGAGGUAAAAAAUACAAUUGAUCAUCUCUUCUGGGACUUAGCCCAGGACCACCUAUAGACCCAUUGGUCCAAUAUUUGGCUUUCACUUCAUUUGUCACACAUAACAUGGGCCAAUAUGUAUGCAUAUAUAGGUAAGUAUACAUACAUAUUUUCCAGCUUUGUCUGCUGAGAGGGCUUGGAAAUAUUCCACUGUACCCAUCCCAGCUCCUGGUUAUGUAUUGGGCUUAGAAAUAUUCAUCUCCCAGUAGUAAUAAGCACACCCAGUGCAUAAUCCUUGGUGUCUAAAUACCAGUCUCCAAUAAAAACAACCAGGAUUCCUUGAAGAAAUAGCCACACAGAGUGUAAAGGAAAACCUAUGCUAUGCCUUGUUUCUCUUUUACUGACACUACUGCUACACUUCUUGACACUUCCAGUCUCCAACUGUGUGGUUUUUUCAAGCAAGCAAUUUUCUGUGACAUCGGCCGGGUACCCUACAAUUUCUCAGUUCUGACACUACCUGAGAUGGCAUCAGAUCCUGUACGUUGAGUUCAAUGCCACAAGACUGUCUCCCACUUCAGAUGCCCAUCACAAGUCCAGUCAAAAAAAGUGAAGUAGAAUGUCUCGUAAGACUUUUUCACAGCUUGGUGGAAAGAGCUAAUGUAAGACUUAAUAACCUUGGGCUAGAUCGUAAUGCUUUUGGAGCAAUCCUGCACAGCGUAUUUGGAAUGACUGACGAUAUGCUAAUGAACAGGGUAUUUUUUGUGUUUGACAAAGACCACGAUAACUGCAUAAAUGUGAAAGAGUGGGUUAAAGGAUUAUCAGUGUUUCUUCGAGGGACUUUUGAAGAAAAGCUGAAGUUCUGUUUUGAAGUUUACUAUUUGAAUGGUGAUGGUUACAUUUGUCGAGAAGAGAUAUUUGACAUGUUAAAGAACAGUCUACACCAACAGUCAUCUGAAGAAGAGAAUGAUGAAGGAAUAAAAGAGUUGGUAGAUAUAACACUGAAAAAAAUGGAUUAUGACAACGAUGGCAAGAUCUCUUUUGCAGACUUUGAAAAAGCAGUUAGAGAAGAGAGACUUUUGUUGGAGGUAUUUGGACCGUGUUUACCAGAAGCAAAGAAUUGUAUUGAUUUUGAAGCCCUGGCAUUCAGACACAUCCUGAAUUCUAGUUUUUGAAUGUGAAACACUUAAUACUUGUAUUAAAAUCAGAAACA